CGCCACAAAUCAGCAAACAACGCCAGAGCACUCUCCAUAACUGUGAUCUAUCGUCAACAUGGGCAAAGUUCACGGUUCUCUCGCCCGCGCAGGCAAGGUCAAGUCGCAGACUCCCAAGGUUGAGCCGCAGGAGAAGCCCAAGACGCCCAAGGGCCGCGCCCACAAGCGGGAGCUGUACACACGCCGCUUCGUCAACAUCACGGUCACUGGCGGCAAGCGCAAGAUGAACCCGAACCCGACUGCAUAGCCGAAGCAAGAAGGAAGUGCAUUUUGGCGUUUCGAACUUUCGACAGGAUGCUGAAGUUCGGUAUAGAUGGGAAAUGGUGUAACGGCGCUUGGGCUGGCCGGCUGAUCUUUGGCUACAACAUGGAGGUCAUGGUUUGCAUGGCGCGGCCCUUCAUUCCGGCCUGGGUUGCGGGUGAGCAAGGCGUUCCGGCUACGGGAUGAUAUGGUGCCUACUGGGUGGCUUCUUUUAUGGAACUGGAGCGACCAUGGCGUGGACAUUCUUAAGUCUUGCUACACUACAGCUGCUGUUGCCCUUGUCAGGCUACACAAUCUCAUAACCCAAGAUAGGCGCCGGCAUUUCACUGCUUGCUUGCCUCUUCGCAAGGAAGAGGCCUACGCGUCUAUCUCUUGGGAGGAAGCAUGAACGAUGAUAGAGCGAGG